AUGUCUAAGCCUGUGCUCUCUGGGCGAAUAGCCAAGGGGUCACUCCUCCUCUCUGAGUUUGAGAUAAAAUUUGUGCCACAAAAGGCGAUCAAAGGGCAAGCUCUUGCUGAUUUCUUGGCUGCUCAUCCUACUCCCGACAACAUGGAGUUACCUGCAGAUUUGCCUGAUGAGGAGGUGUUCACAAUAGAAGCACUUACAUGGCAACUAUAUUUUGAUGGGGCAGCAAGAAGAAACGGAGCUGGGGUAGGAUUAGUAUUCAUCACGCCAUCUGGGGGCUUAAUCCCAUACUCAUUCUCCUUACUAGCUUUAUGUUCGAAUAAUAUGGCAGAAUACGAGGCACUCAUCAUUGGCCUUGAAAUUGCCCUCGAGAUGCAUAUUGAUUGUUUGCAAGCAUAUGGUGAUUCACAGUUGGCCGUCAGACAGUUGAAUGGUCAAUAUGCAGUCAGAAAUGCUACUCUCAUCCCAUACCAUGAAAGGGCGAAGUAUCUCAUGUCACAGUUUCAAGACAUUCAUGUUAGUCACAUCCCGAGGUCGGAAAAUGAUAAAGCUGAUGCACUAGCUAAUUUGGCUGCAUCGUUAACAUUACCUAGCGAAAGGGAUAUCCAAGUCACCGUUGGGGAACGUUAUUUACUACCACCAGCUAUAGAGAGAAUUGAAGAAGUUGUGGAUUCAAACGUUAUUACGUCCUCCGAAUCUUGGGGAUUAGAUGUUAUUGGCAUGAUAAAGCCUAAGUCAUCACGUCAACAUCAAUACAUCUUGGCUGCGACUGAUUACUUCUCUAAAUGGGCUGAAGCAAUUCCUUUAAAGGAGGUACGAGCAGACGAUGUUACAAACUUCAUAAGGAACCACAUCAUCUACCGUUAUGGGGUUCCAUCGAAGAUUAUAUCUGACAAUGCAUUGUAUUUCAAAUGCAAGUCCAUGACCAAGUUGUGCGAGAAGUAUAAGUUUCAACACUCAUUCUUCGCGAGUUAA